GACGAAAAUGUUAAUCAGAGAGUAAAAAAGGGGAGAUCAAUAAGCUCUUGGAGCGAAUGCUAGGGUUUCGAGAGCCCCGAUCGAAUUUACGAAAACGACACAGCAGCUGGAAGCUUUGUCCCCUGCUAUCACACAUCAGCAAAUAGUAAAUCGUAGCUAGCCGUCGGGGUUAGGUAAUUUUGUUGCUAUCGGGUUCAGGUAGGUAUAGAACACAGUUUCUCAAAUGGAUUAUGGUGUGCCCGAACAAAACGACGCCGUUUACGGCGAAGAGGAACUGCAGUGUGAAGGGCAUUACGGAGCGGAAGAGGGGAACUACGAUUCGAUUGAUAACAUAGAUGAUAGUGCAGGCGUAAAGCACGAUUCUUCGUCGUCUGCAGGAAAACUUUUCGUUGGAGGCAUUGCAUGGGAGACUUCGGAAGAGUCAUUCAGGAGGUACUUUGGAAAGUAUGGUGAAAUUACAGAUUCUGUAAUAAUGAUGGACAGAAACACGGGAAGGCCUCGAGGUUUUGGAUUUGUAACAUUUUCUGAUCCAGAUGUUGCCUCCAAGGUUUUGGAGGAAGAGCAUGUCAUUGAUGGCAGAGUGGUGGAAGUGAAGAGAACAGUCCCUAGAGAGGACAUGCACGGUAGAGGAGUAUCAAGAACGAAAAAGAUAUUUGUGGGGGGUCUUCCAUUGUCUCUACAUGAAGAUGAUUUGAGAGAAUACUUCUCUGCUUAUGGUAACAUUGUGGAACACCAAAUUAUGCUGGAUCACAAAACUGGUCGGUCUAGAGGCUUUGGAUUUGUUACCUUUGAGAAUGAAGAUGCUGUUGAUAAGAUAUUCUCUGAUGGUCAGAUGCAUGAACUUGGUGGGAAGCAAGUUGAGAUAAAGAGGGCCGAGCCCAAAAGAUCGGGCUUCGAUCACUCAAGUGAAGGUCGGUUCCGCCGUGGUGGCAGUAGUUCAAAGUCUUCUGGUCACUUUGGCGGUGGUUCAGAUGGCUUUGAUGGUAGCUUCGGAGGCAAAAUGGGUAGAGGCUAUGGUGGUUAUGGUGGCUAUGGCGGUGGUUAUGGGGGAUAUGGAAACUUCCCCGGAAAUUUUCCUGGUGGAGCUGCAGGGUUUUACGGUGGGUAUGGUGGAUAUGGCUACGGUUACGGCUUUGGUGGGCCCAUGUACGGUGGUGGUGCAUACGGGGCUGGUGGAUUUGGCGCACCUGUUGGAUAUGGAGGAGGAGCUUCUGGCUACGGCAUGGGUAAAGGAUAUGGCGGCCCUGGAGGUGCAUACGAUAGCGGUGGUGGGGGAAAAACCUAUGGUGGAGGCAGCGGCAGUGGCGGAGGUUAUGGCCCUGCAAAAGGGUAUGGUGGUGGUGGUGGAGGCAAUGGUGGCGGAGGAUAUGGAGGUGGCAAGGGUUACGGGAAUGGUAAUGCUGCUGCUGGCGGCGGCGGCGGCGGCGGCGGGAGGUUCCACCCAUACCGGAAGUGAUGGUUUAGGUACGCUAUACUGCAGUUGGGUAGACAUAUGAAUUGUGAUAGAUGGUUGAUUUUUCUUGAAUUGUAGUAAUGAUAAUAUGCUUAAAGAGAUAUGAUGGUGCCUACGUUUUUCUUGGAUUUGAAUGCUUUAUUUGGCUGUGAUGUGCUGUGCUGUGCUGUGCUCUGUAAAACCAUUAAAUGGGUUCUGAUCCUAAGAGGAUUUGAUGGCAACCUGUUGUUAACUCAGGUUUAUGAAUUAUUGAUAUUAAUUUGGUGUUA